AUGCGGCAGCCCUUGCGCUAUCGCAACGCGAAGCUGCCCAAGAAGCUGCCAGCGGAGGUAUCAGACCUCCAUGUGCUGCGUGGGAGAGUGAGCCUGAUUGGUGCAGCCAUGAUCGGCGCACCUGCAGAGUGGCUAGAUCCAGUCCAGUUCAGCGGAUCAAUGAUGUACUGAAGACUUUCAACAGCAAUCCCCCGAAUGUCGCCCAAAAAUCCAUGGCGGAUGGGGUUCUGCAGGCAUUUUGCCCCCAUUUUUUAGUGUGGUCAUUUGCAAGGUAGAGUGUCCGGUGGCAGCGCUAUUGUGCACCGGAUAUGAUGGCCAACUGUUUGCACCAAAGUAAUGGCGGAAAG